ACGGUAAUGGAUGCUGAGGACUCAUUAACAGAAGAGUUUAGCGGGACGUUAGCAGCGGGGCUAGUUUGUAGCUGAUUAGCAUAGCAGCUAAACAGAUCAAAGUUAACUUUAUUUCUGUUUUCUAAACGUAUGAACUGUUUCUAAUAUAUUCACUGCAGUGGCUUAUGACCGUAAUGUCGGCAGUAAAAUGCGCUUUAAUGAAAACUCCUUUAAUCGGAAGAAAUAUUUUUCAGAAAGGGACCAAAGGAAGCGCGUUCACAGAACAGAGUAGAGCUAGGCUAACGUUAGCUUUUGGGCUUAAAGAAGGGCUAGUUUUCCUGUAAUUCUUAUUUUGUCUGAUAAAACCAAAUUAAAAACAUGCAUUUAUCACCUUUUAUAUGAGUUUUUGUUUUUGUUAAUUAAUGAAUCGAUAAAAUAAAAAUCUGAUUGGUCAGAAAUUUUAUGACGUAUGCGUCUGGGGACCAAGCUCUCGCCUUAAUGUAUCUAUAUUGAAUCCUGUUUAAGUGAGAAAAAGUAGGAGAGCGUUUUAGUGAAAAUGGGGUUGUUUUGCAUGGCUCCCGGCUGCAGUAACGAGGGAUACAAAAAAAAGAUUAUUAGCUAUCAUGCGCUGCCUCUGAGAAAUAAGGAAAGGCUCGGGCAGUGGCUAAGCGCAAUGAAACUAAAGGACCCACCCGUUACUAGGUUCUCAAAAGUGUGUAGCGACCAUUUUGAGCGGGACUGCUAUGAAAGAGAUUUUCGAGCGGAGCUCAUGGGUACGAAACAAAAGAAAUUCUUGAAAGACACUGCCGUCCCGACAAUAUUUGACUUCAGUAAGUGUGUAAGCUCGGGGCGAGCCACAGUCAAUGCGCGACCCGGAAACAGGAUCACAGUCGAGCAGACCAAAGCCAACUGUCGCAGUGAGCGCAGAGACAACAGACGACGAAGGAAGACUUUGCAGGAGAUACACAUGCCAUUGGACCUGGAGCUUCAGAACAGCAGCUUGGAACUUGGCAGAAGUAACAUACCUGUACCAGGAAAAGCAAGGAAAACCAUCGGCAAGGAGGACAAGCCAAACGAGAUGGAAGCCAUUCAAAAUCAUGUCACAAGAUUCCACAUGUCGCAGCAGUUGGUGAUUAAAGAAGAAAUGCUCCCUGAACAGCAGGAGUUGAAUCUGAGUGUUGACCAGAAAGACAUUAAACAGGAACAAGAGGAAGUCUGGACAAGUAACGAGGGACAGCAGCUUCACCGGCUGGAGACUGAGAAGACCAAGUUACAUUUUGUCCCUGUGAAGACUGAAAAUGAUGAUGAAAUACCACAGUCAUCACAGGUUCUUCAAAACUCAGACAUGUUGCAGCAGUUGGUGAUUAAAGAAGAAAUGCUCCCUGAACAGCAGGAGUUGAAUCUGAGUGUUGACCAGAAGGACAUUAAACAGGAACAAGAGGAAGUCUGGACAAGUAACGAGGAACAGCAGCUUCACCGGCUGGAGACUGAGAAGACCAAGUUACAUUUUGUCCCUGUAAAGACUGAAAAUGAUGAUGAAAUACCACAGUCAUCACAGGUUCUUCAAAACUCAGACACACCGACAUUGUUGCUGAUCAAACAAGAAAUUCUUUCUGAACAGCACGAAAGAAACCUGAGUGUUGACCAGGAGGACAUUAAAGAGGAACAAGAGAAACUCUGGAUAGGUCCACAGGUACAACAGCUUCACCAGCUGGAGGAGGCCGAUAUCACAAAGUACACUUUGAGUGCUCUCCCCGUACCUGUGGAAAAGGUGGGGGCUGAAGCUUCUGUGAACAGCUUUCAGUUCUUCCAGGACAUGUUGAAGUUUAAGAAGACAGAUCCAGAUAUCGCCCAAGCACUGCUGGACAAGCUGGAGAAUCACAGGUGGUACCUCACACAUGAAGUAGUCCCAUUCGCCCUGUUUAGCACCAGGUUGAGUAAUGAGGAGAAGCAGGACAUUGCUGCUCAACUCUAUGCUACUGACAAGCCACACAGCAUGAGGAGGGUGAAACCAGUGUAUCAGAAGAUCACAGCCAAGACUACACUGAGUGAGCUCAUCGAUCUGGAAUCUCAGCUUGCAGAAACUCUGUCUAGGAUCUGA